AUGACAGACCGCUCUGACGAAUAUUCUGAAACAGGCGAGCUCCAAACUGCUUGCAGUUUGAGAGAAGAACAAACCAUCAAGCCAAAGGUUGAGGAAAUUGGACCCGUUUCCGAAAACGCCAGUGGAGACAACUGCGAUGACGCCCAAACGAUUGACUCUUCAUCUCAUGUAGAAGAAGUAUCAGUAGUAACCCAACCUCUUCAAGAAGAAAACAAACUUCCAACUGUAACCAAUGUCGGAAAACAUCGCGCUUAUAUUAAAAACCUCCCAUUUGACACAUCUGAAGAAGAAUUAGAAUUAAUCUUCAAAGAUUAUAAUGUUUUAUCUACAUUAAUUCCAACUUAUACAAUACGUGGAUUUAGAUCUUCAAAGUAUAAACCACUUGGAGUUGCUUAUGUUGAAUUCAAGACUGCAGAAGAUGCUAAAAACGCAAUUGAGAAGUUUAAUGGUUAUACUUUCAAUAAAAGAGUUCUUGUGGUAAAGAAUUAUCAACUAAAUAGUUAUGCUGCAAAAAAAAUUGCCAGCCCACAGCCAGAAAAAAUUAUCGAAUCUAAAGAUACCAUAUUCAUUCAAAAAUUACCAUACAAGGUAACUAUUGACCAUAUUCAGAAAUAUUUCGAAGAUUAUAACCCAGGUCCAAUCUAUUUAUAUGAAUCAAAACAUCUAAGAGAUAAACAUAGACCUUUAUCAAUUAAUGGGAGAUUCAGAAGUGCAUUAAUUACUUUAAAUUCUGAAAUUGAAUUAUCUAAUAUUAUUGAUAGUUUGUCAACUAAAUUUCUCCUUGGAAAGCCAGUAAUUUUGAGAACUGCCUUUUUACACAAGAUCGAAGUUGUUGCCAAAAAUGAAUCAAAAAGGUAUAAGAUUAUUUCCAAAAUAGUUGAAACAGUACCAAGAGAUUCACCUGGGAUUCCUGAAGAAAGUAUCAAUGAAAUCGAAAUUAUCAAUAUUGCCCAAGAUCCACCAGGUGAACAGAUUCCAAUUCCAAUUCCUCUUUCUGAAGAAUUAUAUUCUGAAGAAGGUACUAAUUCUGUUUAA